UUCACUUUCGUUACUUCGUGAUUAGUGAGGUCAAUGCAGGUCAGUGCCAGCCAGCGGUAAAUGAAUAGCAUAUAGUGAAUAGUAUUGGUUACCGGUAGUCACGAUCGAAUGGUCGGUGUAGUCUUGACUGUGCGAGACAUGCCAUUGAAAGGAUUGUGAUAACAUGGCAUUCGACGAGUCAUUAGAUGAGAUCAAGUCCCACUUCACACAUGUCGCCGAAAAACCCAAAUUGGUUCCGUUAUCUCUGACAUUGGUGGAGUAUUCGCAAGGGGAUCUCUUUGGAAAGUUUUUAGCUCUAUUAAGUCUAGCACCCUUUGCCAUUUUUACUGGUUUUAUCACUUUAAUAAUCUUCAGAAGGGAUUUACAUACUAUCGCAUUUUUUUCUGGAGUUCUUAUUAAUGAUUGUAUAAAUUUGGUAUUAAAAUAUACAAUUUGCCAAGCACGACCAAUAGAGAGAGAUGGCCUGCAUACUAAAUAUGGUAUGCCAUCUAUGCAUGCACAACAUAUGUGGUUCUUUGCUACAUAUGUAACAUUUUUUAUAUACUUUAGGUUAAAUUAUAGCUGUACGAUAUUUGAGAGAUUUUGCCGGAUAAUAGUGGCGCUUGGAUGCAUUAUUGCAGCUGUGUUGGUAACUUAUGGCAGAGUGUAUCUGUUAUAUCACUCAAAUACCCAAGUAUUCUGUGGUGCAUUAAUAGGAGUUGCGCUGGGAAUAAUAUGGUUUUUUAUCACACAUACCAUUUUGACGCCAUUUUUUCCUAUAGUAGUUUCAUGGAAAACAGCUGAGUUUUUUCUGUUGCGUGACACAACGCUAAUUCCUAACGUGUUAUGGUUUGAAUACACAAGUAUCCGCACAGAAGCCCGGGCGCGCGCGCGAAAGUUAUCAGCAAUUGAUAUAUUUAAGAUUAAAAUAAGACGCCCGCGUUUACAAACGGUGUUUGAUUCGAUCAAGAUUGGAAAUUGUCAGUGUAAUCGGAAAAAGACAACAAUUAGUAAGCAGCUGUGAAAACAAGGAUCAAGCCUUUCAAUGAUGUUCACUUUAUUCAGUGAAUAGACCAGAAUGAUGUAUGCAAAGCUUAAGUAGAUUGUUAUUAGAAAUGUUUUGCAAUAACUCAUUCCGCUUUAUUCACCAAAGUUUCAUCCGAAUAUUUGUCCAGCACAUAUUCAUAUACAUUGUACAAGGUAUUAAUUUUUUAAGAAACUAUAAAAAAAGGAUUAUAUAAUGUAACAAUAUAUUUAAUUAUAAGCAGCAAUUUGAGUAGAAUACAACAGAACAUUAUAAAUAAAAAUUAAAUUCAUAAAAUUGUUAAUUAAAUUAGCAAUUAAUAAAAUUGUAAUAUAGAUGUACAAUGUAUUUUGACUACAUGGAUUCCAUGUGUUGGCGCAAAUUUUUCUUGAAUAUUAUUGAUUUGUUCUCAUUUGUGAAAAUACUUAAAGAUUUAUUCAAAUGUUAUAUUCAAUUUUGUUUCAUUUUACAACAUGAAAAAACUUAUUAGUCGUGAUUUUGUAUAAAGAUGUACGAAUCAGAGCUUAUAACGUACAACAUUGUCUUUAUAGCGUAAAGACAAUGUUAAUUAUUAAAUUCA